ACGCGAUAAAGGCUUCCACGAGGAUCGCCCUCGGUCGGCGCUGUCCGGGGGGGGUCGGCCGGUGGUCUCGUGCUGCUUCAUCUGCGAGGCGCCUUCGUUCGUGCGAGUCGUUCGUUUGAGAUCGCCUGCGGUUGCGGCGCAGAAGGCGGCGAAGAUGGAGUGCUUGAAACUAAAAGACUUGAGCGCACGGAAAAACAGAUCCGAUUUCCCUCCAGACGUCCUGAAGGAUGAAAGCAAAAUUGCACAGAAGGAAAACAUGUUCAUGGAGCCAAGCAGGACAUUGCCAAGGACACCAGUGAAAGCUGAAUUGACACCGACUGCUGUUUCGAAGAGGAAAGCCUGUACUCCAGAUCAUAUUCAGAUGACCCCUAAUAAGCACAUGGACAAGUCCCAGUCUGAUCCCUGGACGCCCACGGCAAACCUGAAGAUGCUGAUCAGCGCCGCCAGCCCUGAUAUUCGGGACCGAGAAAAGAAAAAAGAACUAUUUCGACAAAUUGAAAACGAGAGGGUAGAAAGCAUCAGCGAUGUUAUUCAGUUCGGUGUGGUGGGUGAUGGGACAGCAGAUGAAUUUGAGCCACAACGCCCGAGCAGGAAACAGAAAAGUCUGGGGCUUUUAUGUCAGAAAUUCCUUGCACGCUAUCCUGAUUAUCCCACUUCCACUGAGAAAACCGAAAUUUCUUUGGAUGAAGUGGCAACAGAACUUAGAGUAGAACGCAGGCGUAUUUAUGACAUAGUAAAUGUCCUGGAAUCUCUUCAUCUCGUCAGUCGUAUGGCCAAGAACCAGUACUCCUGGCACGGGCUUCACAAUCUCUCACACACUCUCGCUGCCUUGAAAAGGAGGGGAGAGCAGCACAGGUACGCAGAGCAGAUGGUCUGCAUUCGACACAAGGAACUCGAUGUUGAAUUUGACUGUGAAGAGCCAAAGAGAAACGGUGUUCAUAAAGCACAUGCUGGCUCCCAGGAAUUCAGUGGCAGGAUGAAGUAUGCAGAGAAUGAUUGCAGAUCAGUGUCUCUGAACAGCAGGAAGGACAAAUCGUUGCGCAUUAUGAGUGAAAAGUUUGUGAUGCUUUUCCUCGUGUCCAAGACUAAUAUUGUGGCUCUCGAUAUUGCUGCUAAAAUUUUGAUUGAAGAAAGUCAGCAUGAUUCUGCAGAUCAAAGCAAAUUUAAAACUAAAAUCCGCAGACUGUACGAUAUUGCCAAUGUAUUGACCAGCUUGGGACUCAUCAAGAAAGUUCACGUAACCGAAGAGAGGGGCCGAAAACCUGCCUUUAAAUGGCUUGGACCCAUUCACGCCCAUAAGUCAGAGGGUAUUCAGAAAAUAGUCACUACGCCUGCUGCAUUGUCCAGGAAUUCUGAGGAUACAGCAUUGCCUCUCGUUCAUACUAAAGAGAAACUUGCACGUCAUGCUUCAUUCCCGACUCUACGUGCUGUUCAGACUGAAAAGAUCGCAACACAAUCUGCUCCAUGCAGUCCUGUUAAUGUCAGACAAGUGAGAACAAUUCGAUCUGAGGCUAACUACAAUAAAAUGGCACAACUUGCUGCUGUUUGCAGACUGCAGUUUGAAGAAGACAAAAACUCAAAGCCUCGCCCAGAAGUUAACACUUGUCAGACACAGAGUGUAAGCUCUGCACCCUCGCUUUCUCACCCCAUUUUCAUGACCAGCUCCAAGGUCGCUGCUGACUCCUUGAUGAAGCCUCUUUUCCAGCCUGAAGUAACCUUGCCUGUUUGCCUUCCCGAUGGCACCAAUGGACAGUUAACAGUUGUGCCCCAGUCUGUCGCGAGUACGGCAAAUAAAGCCCAUUUCUGCUUCCUCGAGAAUCAACCUUUUUUAUUUGUCCAGAACUUGUCAUCAGCUCCUGUUUUUAUGCUGUAUGAAAAUGGAGACCCAACUGCAAGAACUAGUACAGCUGGCUCUGGUGGGAUUGAAGCCUCAUUGAAGGGUGAAGCCUUGCCAACAAGGCCUGAGGAAGCGAGUCCUGUGUGCAGUGACCCAUCACGAAAGCGUAGUGCAGCUGAAUUCUGCAGAAAGAUUCUUGUGUGUUCUGAGGAAAGUGAGCCAGCGGCUAAACAAGCAAAAAUGAUUUGUUUUACCCAGAGCUCUGGAGAGAGAUAUUCCGAGGUGCCUGUCUCAACGUUGAUCAAGGGACAUUCCACUCAGCAGAAUGGCUCUCAGGGUAAUCGCAUCGAGAUUCAGUGUUCAAAAAACAGCUCAGAGACCAAUGCACUUCCUUCUUCUCAAGCCCUUAAUCCAGAUACAGAGUUGAAUUCCGCCACCACAUACCAGUGUGGAGAGGGGAACGCAGGGCAGCAGUUGGCAGGGACCCUGUGCUUCGUAGAAGAGGCUGACAACAAAUCUGAAGCUGUGAGCCCAGCAGUGCAGGCAGUGCGAGAAGAUAAUCAAGAGUAUCCAAUAAGAUCUGGACGCAGAGUGCCUCGAGACUGCCCCCCUCGGUCUGCUGUUUCUGAACACAGUGAAUCAGCUCAAGGAAAAAAUGAUGAAACCCUGCCCUUCACUCAGUACCUCAAUCUGUCAUCAGCUUCAGGAUCUCGUCCAAGUGGUCAUUCUGCCUCCGUGAACCCAGACAAUAGAUGUUGGCAGGUUAUUCAACAGCAGAGAGCAGCACUAUCCAGCCCAAUGCUGUCCCCACCUGUUCUCACAGGUGCAUCUCAGCCAGAGACACUCGAUACUGAGUGA